AUGGUAAUAAACACAGCUAAAUGCGUAUUUGGGUCUGACGAGGUUAUAUUUUUAGGCUAUCAUAUUUCAGCAGAGGGUUUGAAGCCACAACCAUCCAAAGUAGAAGCGAUUAAAAGCUUUCCAAGACCAAAAACCGUCAAAGAGUUAAGAAGAUUUUUGGGCAUGCUUAACUUUUACAGAAGAUUCAUCCCCAAUGCAGCUAAAUAUCAAGCGCCUCUGAACGAACUCUUGACAGGUGCAGUUAAAGGUUUUCAUCCGAUUCAGAUGUUCACGGAACAAAUAGAAGCAUUUGAAUCAUGCAAGCAGAGCUUAUGCCAAGCUACACUUUUAGAACAUCCUGAUUGUUCUGCUAAAAUAGCUUUGAUGACGGAUGCUUCGGAUACUGCUAUUGGUGCUGUAUUGCAGCAGCGUAAGGAAGGUUCAUGGCAGCCACUUGCAUUUUUCUCACAAAACCUAAGUGUAGCACAAAAAAGUAUUCGCCAUAUGAUCGCGAACUUCUAG